GACUUCCAGGAACGUGUUAGUGAAGCGCCUCGCGAGGGUCCCGAAGAAGCAGAAUCUUGCCUGAGCCGAGAAAAUGACUGCCGUGGCCCCCGUGGAACACAGCACAGUGCCGAGGGAGCUGCAGUUCAAAGUGCUAGUGAUCGGGGAAUUCGGUGUAGGGAAGACUGCAGUCAUUCGACGUUAUACAGAAGGGCAUUUUAGCCCGUACUACAAACUUACCAUUGGUGUAGAUUUUGCUGUCAAGACCCUCGACUGGGAUCCCAAAACAAAAGUGAACAUACAGUUGUGGGAUAUAGCUGGACAUGAGAGAUUUGGACAUAUGACCCGUGUCUACUAUAAAUAUGCUGUCGCUGCCAUUGUUGUCUUUGACUUGUCUCGGCCUCCAACAUUUGAUGCUGUUCUUAAGUGGGUGACAGACAUCCGGGAAAAGGUCACUUUGGGUGAUGGACGACCCUUACCUGUGCUCCUGCUGGCCAACAAGUGUGACAUUGACUCAAUUACCAUCCAACCUGAAGUCAUCUCCAACUUCUGCAAGCAGUACCAGAUUGAUGCUUGGUUCCUAACUUCUGCCAAAGAAGACAUCAACAUAGGAGAUGCAAUGAAGUGGCUUGUUGGUCGAAUUCUUGAACACCGAUCAAACAGCCAAGCUCCAGUGCCGAUUGUUCGAACCCUCGCUCCUGAAGACCCACCAGAGAAGCCAACAACAUUCUGCUGCAGAUGAUGGGUGAAAGAAGUGAAGUUUGGUCAAAUUUCUCAGGUGGUUAUAACCUGAUGUGUCAGGAGGUUGGAUGGGGCCAGGAGUUGAGUGCUCUUGAAAACCCCAACACAGUGUCUUUUGUCACAUUACCGGCUUGCCCAGCGAUGUGUAACAUGCAUGGAGGACAACCGAGCUAAUGUUUGAAACAAGCAUGCCAGGCUGUGAGCAGGUUGGACUGUCGGAGAGCCAGAAAUGAUUUUCAGGCAGCUUGUUUUCUUCUUUUCUUUUCUUUUCUUUUCUUUUUUUUUCUUUUUUUCUUUCUUUCUUUCUUACUUUUUUUCUUUGUUUAUUUUACAUUCUGUGUCACUUUAUUGUGCCCUCUAGUCAUCAACAACUUUCUAAAUGUUUUGUCUCAAUUCAAAAUAUUGGAGACAUGCAUUCUCCAUUGCUUCAGUCUUUCAUUUUGUAGAUACGUCAUUCAGACAUUCUGUUAAUAAACUUUUACUUAAUGAGUUAAGGUUAUCCAUAUAUGGGAUUUAUAUGUAUAUUUGUAUAUCAGAGCAUUGAUAUUUUUAAGAUUCCUUUUCUUCAGUUAUUACAAAAUGAGUAUCUGAAUGUUUUAGAUCAUAUUCUUCAUUUUGGUUACCUGAAAGGUAGCUAAGUGCCUGAUUGUAAACCUCAUUGACCGUCCAGUUACAAGUCUCUUACUGCCAGGUGACUAUUGUGUGGGAAGUGAUCCCAUGGUGGCCUUGCCAUAGGUUUUGGUGAAUCAGGGAAUGCUGAAGGCAUGCUUUGUCUUGCAAGAUUCCCAUUUACAAGCCUCUCUCAGAGUGCUUUCUUUGUGUGUUGUUGUGUUUAAACACAACAGAAUGUGUAUUAGAGGUUAUUUUUUAAAUAACUGAUAUAUUUUUCUCCAGAUAAUUGUAUCUACAAGGAAAGGAUGUAACUACUUGCAUAAAGUUUUUCCUGAAGUAUCAGGAGUAUGGUGCAUAUGAAACUCAGUUAAAGAUAUUGAAUUGUACAUUUACUUAUGAAUCAUAGAUGAUUGAUCUUUGGCAAAAUUUGUGUCUGAUUUGUUUGGAUCUCCUG